AUGGCCGAAGCAAUUGCUUUCAACAUCGCCGCAGAGCUCAUUAUUAAGUUGAGCUCUCCUGCUCUCUCUCAGGUUGCACUGUGGUGGAAUCUCAAACCUGACCUUGACGACCUCAAAAGCAUCGUCUCCACAAUCAAAGCUGUGCUUCUUGACGCAGAAGAGAAAUCGGUGACCGACAAUCUCAUCAAAGUUUGGCUUGAAGAACUGAAAGAUGUACUUUAUGAUGCCGACGACUUGCUCGAUGAUUUCUCUACUGAAGCUUUGCGGAAAGAUCUACUGGGUGGGAACAAGCUGACGAAAGAGGUACGCCUUUUCUUUUCAAGCUCAAACCAGUUUGCUUACGGGCUCAAAAUGGCUCGGAAAAUUAAGGCCAUUAAAGCGAGAUUAGCUUCAAUUGAAAGGGAGGCCAACACUUUUUACUUCAUUCCGCGUGAUCGCCCCGCGGAAACCUCUUUCAUGACUAAAAAGAGGCAGGAAACACAUUCUUUUGAGCGUGAAGAUGAAAUAAUAGGGAGGGAUGAUGAUAAAGCAGCUCUUCUAAAACUCGUUUUAGAGUUUCAAAGUGAAGAGAAUGUUUAUAUCAUUCCAAUUGUGGGGUUUGGAGGCUUAGGGAAGACUGCUUUGGUCCUACUUGUCUAUAACGAUGAAAUGGUAAAAAGUCAUUUUGAGUUGACGAUGUUUGUGUGUGUUUCAAAUGUUUUUGAUGUGAAACUUAUUGUAGCAAACAUUAUCAAAUCUGUGACUCAUCAAGCACCUGAUCAAAAUCUUGAAAUGGAUCAAUUGCAAAAACAACUUCGAGAUAAAAUUGAUGGGAAAAAAUAUUUGCUUAUUUUGGAUGACAUUUGGAAUGAAGACCCAGAACAGUGGUCUAGGCUAAAGAAGUUAUUGAUGGGUGGGGCUAAAGGGAGUAGGAUAAUAGAAACUACUCGAUCUCUAAAAGUAGCGAAGAUUACCAAUAAAUGUCAAUCCCAUGUCUUGAAACUAAAAGGCUUGUCUGAUGAUGAUGCUUGGUCAUUGUUCAAAAAGAUAGCAUUUGAGCAGAGAUAUGUAGACUCAACAAAUUCAACCUUUGUGGAAGAAGGGAAACAAAUUUCGAAAAGGUGUGGUGGGGUUCCCUUAGUCAUAAAGACAAUAGCUAGUACGUUGUCUUUGAAAGAAACAGAAAAUGAGUGGCAUUCUUUCAAAGAAUAUGAACUUGCUAAAAUAUCACAAAUCGAAGGAGAUAUUCUACAUACACUUAAGUUGAGUUAUGAUCAUCUCCCGUCCCAUUUGAAGCAUUGCUUUACUUAUUGCCGAUUGUAUCCAAAAGAUUAUGAAAUUAAUGUACAAAUGCUUAUUCAAUUUUGGAUAGCACAAGGUUUCGUAAAGCAAUCAAAUCCAAAGCAAUCACUUGAAGAGGUUGGGUUUGGGUUUUUAAGGAAUUAG